AUGGGAUCGCCUUGGGACCACCAGAUGCGCGGAAUGGACUUUAAUGCCAAGCAGGAAGCCAGAAUGAUCCGGAUACUGUGCAAGACCCUCAACCAACAACAUUCCGAGGCAUGUGUUGAGAAGGUAGACUUUGACCUGCUGGCGGUUUUUCUCAUGCAGGAAAUGCACUGGAACAUCCACAUCAGGCAACUGGUCGAUAUGGUGCUGGACCAAUUUGGUCCAAAGGCCCAUCCACUGGGCGAACCGCUUCCGGAACCAACUGACAAUCAUAAGAAACCAAUUGCGCCAAGGACCCCCCUGCAAAGCCAGAUCCACCAUGCAGCUCUUCACGUCAACCAAACCAUCAACCAACACACCCAAGAGCUCCAGACAAACCCCAACGCUCCCCAGCCCUUCUGCCUCCGAUAUCCAACUUACGAGAAGUUUGUGGAGUACUCCAUUAGCAUGGAGAAAAAGUGUAAGCUUUUGCCAAAGGACAAAAUGGUUGUGUUGUUGGACGAGGCUGGCAGAUGUGUGGGGGUGGCUGUUCGGCCAGAUCAUACUAAAGAAGAUGGGAUAUACUUAUCACCCCCUGAUCGUGCAUUGGCUGGCCUGAAUGAUGCCAUUAAGAAUUGCAAUUGGAACGAGGCCAAAGACAAGAUACUGUACAGCGAAAUCCGAGACCCCAAACCUAAAUCCACCCCAGAAGAACUGCCCUCCCAGAAUUCCGCAACCCCUGCCCAACAAUCCAAACUCCCUCACCAACCUCCAAAUCGCAAACCCAAGGCAGCCCUGCCACCUGAAGCCUCGGAAACCCCAGCGCCAAAACGCAAAUUCAAUCCAGACCCUCCAAAUCCCAAACCUACGUCAGGCAAAGCAAAAAAGAAGUGUAAAACAUCCAAAGAUGUGGAGGACAACAACAACACCAACCACCACCCCAACCCUCUCCCACCGCCAAAACCGCAACUCAAUACCAAAGGAAAAAAUACAAUCUCCUAUCAGCCUUAUGGAUAUGGACUGGGAGACAAAAAAUCCACAGGUAUGCAGGACCUAAAGAUCCAAUUUACCAAAUCUGCACCACCCCAAAUCGAAGAAUCAUUGCUUCAAGGACGUGGUAUUGGCUGGAGGGACGAGCCAUCAGUUGAGCCCAAUCUUCCGGAUCCCCAAAAGGAAAGUAGCAACUGCUCAGAAUGCCUGGAGAUGGUUAACAUGAGGAAUGAAUUGAGAUAUCAAUUUGCUUUAUCUGAAUGGAUAAAUAAAGCAUUCUUACCCCAAUCAGUUGAAGUUGCAGAAAAAGCGGUGGAGUACCUCCUGGCAAAUGGAUCUGGAUUGGUGCGUGAAACCUUGCGUUGUGAAUCCAAUAAGAUUCUUGCUUCACGUACCAUCAGUUUGAACACCCAGGUUACCACCCACCGUGACAAGAAGAAUGCCCUUUUAUUUGACGCCGACUUCUUCUUUGGUAAUCACCUUGGAGGCGAACUCUUGCUUCCCUCUUUGGGUGUGGCAUGUCAUGGCCUUCAUGGCUAUUCUUUCCAUGGACCGCUCCGAAUUCUCUUCCAUGGGGUGGCCAAAUUCUAUUUCCCUCCAGAUCUGAAGGAGAAGCCACGUCGAUAUUCAGUUGCGUUUUGGAGCAGAGAGAGUUCUUUCUCUGCAGUUGGGCGAUAUACUGCUUACAAGGACAAGGAGAAAAAGGUAUGA